AUGACUCCAUUACGGAUAACUAUUGUCGGGACGAAUUCAUGGGUAUCUUCACUUGCUAGAAUCAUUGGUGAAACUACAUCUCAAAACCCAGAUAUCUUCGCUGGAAAUGUUAGAUACUGGAUGGCCCGAAAUUCAACUGGGAACGGUGUUACCGACAGCACUUUGCCAAAAAAUAUGAUAGUAGCGGAGAAUCUUGUGGAUGCAUGCAAGGACGCGGAAAUCUUGAUUUUCGCUGUUGCCCGUGAAGAUAUUACCGGAAUUUGUAAAGAGCUCGCAAAAACCUUGAACCUGAACGGCCACACAGAAGCAAUAUCAUUUAUUAGGGGUAUUCCAAUUCAAAAUGGGUCACGGAUAAAGCUCGUUUCGGAGGAAAUUGAGCAUAUACUACAUAUUCCUUGCUCUGUGUUAAUGGGAGCAAAUCGCGCAUCAGACCUGGAUUCGAAUACUUUCUGCGAAGCCACCGUUGGUUGCAAGGACAAAAAGAAGUCGGGAAGGAUGUUAAAGAAAUUAUUUGAGACCAGAAAUUUCCGAGUUAAUGUUUUGGAAGAUGCACAGACUGUGGAAAUUUGUGGAGCAUUGAAGGAAAUUGUCGCUUGCGCUGCUGGAUUUUCGGAUGGUUUGGGUUAUGGGGAUAACACGAAAGCUGCGAUAUUAAGACUAGGACUGAUGGAAAUUAUUAGGUUUGCGAAGCACUUCUAUCCAAACUCGAGCCCAUCGACAUUUUUGGAAUCUUGUGGUCUCGCAGAUCUGAUAGCCACAUGUAAUACAGGAACAAGUCGGAAAGUUUGUGACGCGCUGGUCAAACAAAAGAAGCCCUUGGGUGAAGUGGAGAAAACGCUUCUCGAUGGAGAAAGCGCCCCGGGGCCACAGAUUGCCAAAGAAAUUUUCCGAUUAAUGGCGGCAACCGGAGAUGAGCUCCCAAGACAAUUUCCUUUAUUGACGGCGGUGCAUGAAAUUUGUAGUGGAGUGGUUGAGCCGGGGUCGUUGAUCGAUUAUCUGCGGAAGGAGCCAAACUGC